UUCGCAUUAAUUUUGUUGAAGUAGUUUUCCCCCCUCUUCUUGUCUCUCCUUCUCCCCUCUGUUCUCCGUCUUCUUCUAGAUUCUUCUGAUCUUUCCGAGGUUAUUCCGCUACUAGACGAAGGAAUCUAGUCUUGUUCAGAAAAUCGGAGGUUUUAGGGUUCGAUCGUCAAUUGAGGUUCGCCCUUGUCGGAGGUUUUAAGGUUUUGAAUUGAUUGCAGGCGUCUUAACUCUUAAGAAGCUAGGAUUCUUUCUAGUCAUCCGUAUUGCGAAUGGAAGUAUUGGGUUCCCGAGAGGUAGAUGAUCUCAGUGACAUAAAGCAGGCAAUACUUCAUGCUUGUUUGAAUGAAGAUGAUAAGGAUGGGGAUGAUACGAGUGAUGAUGUGGAAAACUUACUUGAACAAGGACAUCAAAGCAAACCUCCUCAAAAGUGUUUAGGCAAGUGUGCAUCAUUUUCUUCCGCUGUGUCUCCUCCCGAAGAUGAUGAUGAACUUGAAACUGCAUUGCGGCGCAUAUUCACAGAGGAUUCAGUGCAGUCACCUUACUGCCGCUCAAUUUCUUUGCCUACUCCCUUGAAGCUAGUGUCUGCCCUCAAAGGUAGCCGUGAGAAACAGGGAUUAUCGCCGAAGAAGCUGAGUGUGACAUGGGCCCCUGAUGUGUAUGAUCCUCCACCAACGUCAGUAUUGCACACAGUUAGAGGCAAGAAGCAGCAGAGGUUGAAGAAGAACAAUGACAAGAAGAAAAAUGGAAAGAAAGGGCAGAAGGGUAAUAACUCACGUGGUAGCGGUGGUAAAGACAACAAACAAUUUCGCAGAGGUGGCGCGAAUGCUGAUAGGACUUAUAAACCACAGGAGGCUCGGGAUAGAGUAGUCAACACCUCAGGUGAACUUGAUGGUUUCACCGUCGGCAAACCAGAACCCUAUUGCGGGAGCAGUUUUCUGAAAGAAUCACCCACUAGGAUGCACUACUCCUUGGCAGAGGCUCUAUGAUACAUCUCUUUUCACAUCAUGGAGAAAAGCUGUUGCUUUAACAAUCCAUGUAGAUAAAUAAGCUCGAUUCUGUUUUCUCUAUUAUGGAUAUUUUGAACAAUUACAAUGGAGAAUUAUGCAAUGGAUUUUGAUUAUGGUGUGGGUUUGAAAAGUUUUGUUAA